GGCAUUUCAUUUGGAGGACUUGACUAUCUCUGGCAAGAUCCCUCUUGAGUAUCCUCUUCCUUCACCUCCAAAAAAAUCCUAAUUUUUAUUUCUGAUUUUUGUCCAAGUGUAUAUGGAGUCAAGGAUCCGGACAAUUACAGCAUAUUUUGUCAUUUGGUAUGAUCUAAAUGUAAAUAUUUCAACCUGGAGAGUAUUUUAAGUUUCAAGGUUUGGGUGUGAAGAUCUGUUUUCUGUUUAAGUUAUUAAGCUUUAGUGUCUGGGAAAAUUAAGAUGGAGAGUUAUCAAGUGAAGGCUACCACUGCAACCCAGUACACCACUAAUUACUCACAAAUGAUGAGUUAUCCCAAGAGGUAUACCAGAUGGCCUUCCUUUCCACAAUAUUGGAUACAACAAAUUAUAUUGGUGCAAGUUAACCCUGGGGAGACUCUCACUAUCAAGUCUAAUGAUGGGAACAUUCAAAAUAUACAAGGGCCUGCUGAUGUGCCUCUGAUGUCACCAAGUGGUAUUUUGCCACCUAUAUAUCUUCCUCCUGGUUACAUGUCUCAGGUGGUAGAAGAAAAUGGGAUUCGCAAAAUUAUCAUUGUGCCUCAGACAAUUGACUGUCAUGUGUCCGUGCCUGCUUCAGUGCAAGUACCACAGUUCAUACUACCAUUCUCUCCUGUGUAUCCACAAGCCCCCGAACUGAUGUAUUCCUCAAAUCAAGGAGAAUUCCCACCGCCUUAUAUCCAACAGCCAGGGCCACAGCAGCUGAUGCCACCACCACCACCACCACCGCUGCCACCACCACCACCAGCAACAUUUAUGUACCAACAAAAUCAUGCAACCUAUUCCCAGAAAAGACGAAACUAUAACCAACCUGAUGAAAGGGCUACUAGAAUGGGAGAACAUAUGAGGACAAAACCAAGACAACGUCAAGUUGGUGGACACAAGAGUAACCAUGUGUUUAACAACAACUCCUUGCUUGUAAACAAAACUUAUGGUUUUUCUAAUGUUUUUGAUACUCCAAGCACUUAUAUAAUGAACUGUACUCCAGACACCUACAAUGCAGACAAUCCCUUGAGCGUUUACAAUGCAGACAAUGGUCCGAGAACCUACACUGGUGACAAUACUCUGAGUACCUCCCACAUGGACAGUGUUCAAUGCACCUACGCUGUUGAAAGUACUUUAUGCACCUACACUGUGAACAAUACAUUGAGCACUUAUGCUGUGGAUAAUACUUCAAGUACUUACACAAUUGAGUACCCUCCAAGCACCUACACCACUGACAAAAUUCCCAACAAUUCUUCUACUGCUCACAUCCCUAGCACUUCCACCUCAGAUGCUAUUCAGUGCCUUGCAGCCAGUGAUAGUGUUCCAGGACCUUCUGGCAUUAAUAAUGUUCCCAAGACUAACACGAAUGACAAAACUCCCAGAACAUCAACUAUUGACAGUAUUCCAAGCUCUUCUACUACUGACAGUGCUCCAAACACUUCUAUCUCGGAAAAUAUCCAAAGCACUUGUGCUAUUGACAGUGUUCCCAGUACUUCCAAUACUGCCUAUGCUCAAAUUGAGACUAGUCACAGAAAUAAAUGGAGCACUGUGACAGUCAGCGACAUCAAACAGAAAUCAGGAGGAAAACAAAACAAGAGCCCAUCCUCAAAUGCAAAGGAAAAAGAAGAUGGGAAGUCAUGCUGUUUCAAUAUUGAGAAACCUGUGGUCUCCGAUAUUCAAACAAGAUCUGCAAUAAUUUCAUGGAAUUUGCAUGACUCUGAGAAAUAUCAUCAGACUGAACCUCCUGUAACAUUUGAGUUGGCAAUUUCAAACAGUGGUAAAGACGGAAAAUAUGAAAACAUAUAUAUUGGAAAUGGACUUACAUUUACCCUACUUGAUCUACAGCCAUCCAUGGACUAUUUCUUAAGAGUUACUACCAUCAGAGAUUCACAACAAAGAACUGUGUCUGAAGUGGUUAGCUUCUCAACACCAGGUUGCGAACCGGACCCUCCACUUCCACCCACACUGAUUAACAGAUCCAAGAGCAGCCUGAAUUUACAAUGGAAUGGUUCCAAUGAUAAUGGUUCUAAAAUAAACAGCUUCCUUUUGGAAUGGGAUGAGGGCAAAGGCAAAGACUUCAAAAGUUGUUAUACGGGCACUAUGAAACAGCACAAGAUUCUUAAACUGAAUGCCUCUACAAAGUAUUCAUUCAGAUUAGCUGCCAAAAAUAACUUUGGCUUGAGUGAUUUCAGUGAAAUAGCAGUCUUCCAUACAUCAGGAAUAAUGCCUCCAGCACCAUCACCUCCCAAGCUGAAAGCAGCAGGAAUCUGUAACUUGUCACUAGAAUGGUGUGCCCCGGCUAACACAAACCCAAAUCUCAGUCUUACUUAUGUUCUGGAAAUGGAGGAAGCGGGAUCCGGAUUAGGCUUUAAACCUAAAUACAAUGGAGAAGACCUCUCAUGUACUGUAAGAAAUCUUCAGAGAAGUACUACAUACAAAUUUAGGAUCUUUGCCUACAAUAUGGAAGGAAGAAGUAACUCCAGUGGAGAAGUGAAAUUUACUACCUGUCCAGAUAAACCUGGAUCCCCUACAAAACCAUAUAUAAAGGGAAAGAUCCAUGCACACAAAGUAAAAAUUGGAUGGGAACCACCUACAGAUAAUGGUGGAACACACAUUUCAAGUUACAGUUUAGAAGUUAGUGAAAAUUUAGAUGUGAAUUUCUGGAAUAUAGUCUACACUGGCAACACAAGGGAAUUUCUGUAUAAUAAACUGCAACCUGGAACUACUUAUAAUCUGAGAGUUUUUUGCACUUCACCUGUAGGCCAAAGCCAGCCUUCAGAUAUAUUGACUAUUCAAACACCUGCUCUUUCUCCUGCAUAUUGCCAACCUUCACCUUUAAAUGGUAAAACGAAGUCCACAGAAACCAAACUCCAAUGCGAAAAGCCUCCUGCUGAUAUAAACUUUGACACACUUAUACAUGUCAAAAAGGCAAAAAAUGACCAAGAAGACACAUCAGGACACCCUGGCUCUGAAGUGAGAUGCACACUUGGAUCUCAGUCAAUGAAGUGUGAGACUUUACCAGUCCCAAGUCCUCCUUCUCAAUGGAAAACACCUGUGAUAACCUGCAAAGGACCAACCUGUGUUGUUGUUAGUUGGGGAAUUCCUGAAUGCAAUGGUGCUGAAAUCACUGACUACCGACUAGAAUGGGGACAAAUUGAAGAAUCAAUGCAUUUGAUUUACACCGGCCCUUGUCUGAGUUACAAAGUGAAAGGUCUCAUUCCUGGAACUACAUAUUUCUGCAGAGUCCAGGCUGUCAAUACAGUUGGAGUUGGAAUGUUUGGAAUAACUGGCGUAGUAACCACACCAGCAACUGUACCAGCAGUGGUACCGAUGCUACAUGAAGUUGAGAAGAAAGUUUCUACCAAAUUGGCAUCAUCUUGCAUUGCAAUUCAAUGGGAGGAACCAGACUGCCAUGGUUCUCCAAUCACUGGAUAUAACAUUGAAUAUGGAGACAGAAAAAUUUUGACUAUUGGUAGGAAAACAGAAUGUGUUCUGAAAAAUCUACAGCCUGACACCAUAUACAAAAUCAGAAUCCAAGCCAUCAAUCAUUAUGGAUUAAGCCCUUUUAGUCGGCCAAUAAGAACCAAAACUAAGCCAUUACCACUUGAACCUCCACAACUCGAUUGUGUGGCCUAUGGACACCAAAGCCUCAAACUAAAAUGGGGCUACUCUUCAGCUAAAGGUUUACUUUCCAACCUUAUAAACUACAACUUGUUCAUGUAUAGUCGCUCUGGCAGAUUUUCUGUCAUUUACCAUGGGCCUUCUCAGACUCACAAAGUGCAAAGAUUGGGUGAAUAUACUCAGUACAAAUUUAAAAUCCAAGCAUGUAAUGAAGCUGGUGAGGGACCACUGUCCCGCAUCUAUACUUUCAAGACAACCAAAACACCACCAGCCAUACUUAAAGCACCUAAAUUACAUCAACUGAAUAACAACAUUUGCAAGAUCAAAUGGGAGUCUUUGAAGCCAAUAAAAGGAGAUCCUGUUAUUUACAAUCUUCAACUCAUCAGUGAUAAAGGAACUAACUUGAUUUACAAAGGACCGAACACUUCAUUCUCCUUUUCCAACUUUCUCUCAAAUACGCGUUAUCGCUUCAAGGUUUGUGCUGGACGCCAAUAUAAAAUCUCUACCGGAAUGCAAGAGAUCUGGGGCCCAUAUAGCCCCAGUACUCUUUUUUCAACUCAUAAGCCAAAUCCAAGGGCUGGCAGAGGUGGUAAAGGAAACAAAGGCAGUGGCUCUAAUGAACAAAAAGGUGAAAAGUCCGGGAUGGAAAUAAAUGACAACAUAUUUGUUCUAAUCCUCAUGAUGGGAUUUGCACUUACUGCCAUUCUGUGUGCUGUGGUGAUCCAGAGCUUCUUGAUCAAGUAGUCUAUCUUUGUACUUUUCCACCAUCUUAUUACAUCAAAUACAGACAUUGUUAUAUACAUCUCGGCUGUUUAAAAUUCAUUUUGUAAAAAUCCUUAAAAACACUUACCUAAAAGCAAAAGAACUGCCUUAACAUUUAAUGCACAUCUUUUAAAAAAAAUUGUGACAACAGAUUUUUUUAAGAAAUAGGUUAAUUUUACUUAAUUUCUAAAUUUAUUUUUAUUUAUUUGAAAAGUAGACAGAGAAAAACAGAGCUCUGCCAUUUACUAGCUCACUCCCUAAAUGCCUGCAGCAACUGAGGCUGAGCCAGGCUAAAGUAAGGAGCCCAGAACUGAAUCUAGGUCUCCCAUGUGGGUGGCAGGUACCCACGUAACAGAGCCGUCACUCUGUCUCCCUUGGUGCACAUCAGUAAAAAGGUGGAAAUGGGAGAGAAACUGGGACUCUAGUCAAGGCACUUGGGUAUAGGAUGUGAGCAUUCCAAAAGGUAUCAUAACCCUGUGCCAAAUGCCCAACCUUAGGAAACAGAUCAACUUUAAAUUUCAUAAUUUUAGCAACAAAACACUUCCAUUGAUAUGUAAAACCAACCUCUCAUGGAUACUAGUUCUUGCCUUAAUUUUCCAAAUGAAUAUUUUGCAAACUUUUUAGAAUUUUAAGAAAACAACAUUUUGGAAUAACAGAAAAAUCAAUUCUACAUGUCAACUUACUUUCAUAUGAAUGAAUUAAAAAGUAUCUACCAGGCAUGGGCUAAGUUAUGGUACAGCAAAUUGAGCCAUUGCUUGGGAUGUCUGCAUUCCAUAUUAGAGUGUCUGGGAGAUUCUGGGCUCCUCUUCCAAUUCCAGCUUCCUGCUAUUGCACACCCUGGGAGGCAUCAGGUGACGGCCCAAGUAGUUGGUUUCCUGCCACUCAUGUGGGAGACCCUGGUUGAAUUCCUGGCCCCUUGCUUCUGCCUGGUCUAGCCGUAGCUGUUACAUGUAUAUGGGGACUGAACCAGCAGGUGGAGAACUCUCCAUAUUUCUCAUGUUCUUUCUCUGCCA